CUUAAAUAUUAAGGAUCAUUUCAGCCAAGUUUCAGUCCAUCUUGUGACAGGUAUAUAAACGCCAACUUCCCCGUGCGCGUUUCUUCUUUUUCUUUUUUCUCUCUCUCUAUACUCUGCUACAAAACGGUACAUUCAAAGAGAUUUCUCUCUCUUAAAGCCCCCAACAAAUUCAACAAAUACUGACAAAAAUUUGGUAAAAAAUAGUACAGCCUAGUGAAUCACUUCCAUUCAGAAAAAGCGAUUUUGAAAAUGUCCUUGUCUUCGUCGGCGCCGGCUUCGUCGUCAACUGCCGCACCGGCGGAUGUGUCAUCGUCCUCGGAGGAACGGAAAGAUGAACCGGAGAUGAUGCACAAAGUCAAAGUCAUUCAAUUCCUUGGACGGACUACUCCUAUCAUUCUUCAGAACGACAAUGGACCCUGCCCUCUCCUCGCCAUCUGUAAUGUUCUCCUAUUGAAGAAUAACUUGAGCUUGAGUCCAGACAUUCCCGAGGUUUCACAGCAGAAGUUGCUCUCGCUUGUGGCUGAUCGAAUUUUUGAAUCUAAUUCGAACACUGAUAACAAAGAUGCGGGGUAUGUUGAGAAUCAGGAACAAAACAUUGCUGAUGCCAUCGACUUGCUUCCUAGACUCACUACCGGGAUUGAUGUAAAUAUCAAAUUUAGGAGAAUUGAUGACUUUGAGUUUACUCGAGAGUGUGCAAUAUUUGAUCUGCUGGACAUUCCUCUUUACCAUGGUUGGAUAGUUGAUCCACAGGAUUGUGAAACUGCGAAUGCAAUUGGUUCCAGGUCAUAUAAUACUCUCAUGGGGGAUCUUGUUGCCCUUGAUACUCAAAACUUGGAAACUGGAAACAAGAAACCUGCUGAGGAGGACUCAGUUGAUUUUGUUGCUGCAACGACUGCAGCACUUGGAGUUCCUUCUCCCUCCCUUUCAAGGGGUAGAUCCUUUGAUGAUCCUUCUGUAUCUCCUGAAUACCUGGAAGGAAGGAAAGGAGACGUUGAAGAAGAGGCAGAGGUAUCUGGAGUGAUGAAGUUGUCAGAAUCAGUUACACAUACUUCUCCAACAGAUGAUCUAUUUCUUGCUCCUCCAAGUUCAUCUCUUGAUACUGAUUCUGUGUUGCAUAUAAACAAUUCCGAAUCUGUUAGUUUCGUCGCGGAUUCGAAGAGCCAAGGUUACAAUGGAAGUCAAAUUCCUUGUUUAGAUACAGUGAUAACACCCAAUAGCAGUGUGACCUUCAAUAAAGAUUCCGAAACAGUCUCGCAGGAAGCAAUUUGUUUGUCUUUUAAUACAGAACUGGGGGAUUCUUGUGAUCAAUCUCAGGGUAAAGCCCCUUCCGAAAAUGUUGAAAAAGAUGUUGUGAAAACACCAGUAGACAUGAACGGCGUUUCACUUGUAUCUUCACUUUCAGAUUCUGCGGGUGUCUCCGAAAGUAAUGUGCAUAUAUCUGAGAAUCAUGAAGUCAAACGGAAUUUAUCCGACUCUACUUCUGAAGUACUUGAACUUGGAAAUAGACAAAAUGGACAUGAAACCUCUGAUGCCACCAGUGUUCCAAGCAAUGCUCAAGAUACUGACUUAGUAAAUGGGAGGCAGUCGAAUGUUGAUGAACGUGAAGGUUUCUCGUCUAGUGUGAAUGACUGUGAACCAAUUUAUGAAGGAGAGGAGAACAUCUUGGAGUCUAGAGCUACAUCUAAUGAAAGCCGAGAGCCUGUGUAUGAGGGUGAGGUAGUCCUUGCUGAACAAGGGAUUAAAAAUUUGGAACUAUCUGAUACAAAGAAAGAUGAAAUCAGUCCAACUCAAGGUGAACUUAUACGGAAUUUCCUGAAGUGUAAUGCUAGUCAAUUGACAAUCUAUGGCCUGUUCUGCUUACAAGAGGGAUUGAAAGAGCGCGAGCUGUGCGUAUUUUUCCGGAAUAAUCAUUUCAACACCAUGUUCAAGUUUGAAGGUGAACUGUACAUUCUGGCUACUGAUCUCGGUUAUCUGAAUCAGCCGGAAUUGGUUUGGGAGAAGCUGAAUGAGGUGAAUGGGGAUACUGUGUUCAUGACUGGUAACUUCAAGGAGUUCAAGGUGGAACAUCAGGACAGCAGUUCAUGGGAUGAGCAGAAUGCUAUGACUAGCACUGCAGACUACCUUUCAAGCAUUGACAAUUCGAUGCAAGAAGAUUCAAGUUUUAAGUAAUUAUCUAUACCUUUUGAACUUCAUAACAUUUUUGUUUGCAAUUUCUAAUCUUUCUUUUAGGCAGGGAUCUUAGAACCUGGAGUAUAUAAUUUGUUGUGCUUCUGUGUGUGUGAUUUGGGAUCUUUCUCCCCUUGUACAUGCAGUUGCGUUUGAUAUUUCUUCGUCGUUGUAUCUUAUUAUGGAUUAUCUUAAGUUGGUAGAUAGACUUGUCAAUUGUUGAAUAGUUUCUUUAUAUUUCAAUCCUGCCAAUUUCGGGAUGAACUGGUGGAACUAAUAUAGUCGUGAGAAGCAUUUCAAGGAUCUUUAUAAGUAUGAGAUUAUUUUACUUCCGUUGAAGUUUUUGAAGUAACAAUCUACUGUACAAUUGGUACUGUUUUUGUGCACAGCCUGCGCACUUUAACACGUUCAGCUUAUUGGUUGUCCAUAAUUUCUUGAUCUGGUUAAUUGUGUCAAAUGAAAUGAUUCUUUUUUCCAGUCAAAAGAACUUUGACAUGUCGUUUAAAAUAGCUCACGGGUUUUCUUUCGCUCAUUGGGACAGUUCGGACUUGCAACUGGCAAUUGCUCUCCAACAACAAGAAUUUGAACAACAGACACAGCAACAACAGAAUAAUUCGCAGCAACCUUCUUCUCUAGGAGGUGGUAGAUUGGUUACAGGUCCUCAGGUAUGCUCUAAUAUUUUUUAUUGCUAAUUUUUUCCUUGGUACAUCUUGAAAUUUAUAGUUGAAGAGUUUCUGGCAUCCAUUUCACUGCUUUCUGUACUGCAAAUAAUGUCAUGAGAUCAAACCAUCACAAUUUAUCACACUGAUUCUGAUCUCUUGUGUGCUUUCUUUUAAUUCAGCUCCCAAUUCUCAUUAUACAUGGGACAUCUGAGCAUUAUGUUUUUGUGGUACUUUUAUGCCUUUCGAUGUUGGAUAUUGCUGAUUAAAUUAUACAAUUACCUUGAUGAAUUUGUAGGUUUCAAGGGCUAGUGGAAAGUAUGCGUCCACAUCUUCUAAGGAAUCAAAGUCCUCAAAAGAUAAAUGUACUGUCAUGUGAAAAUCUAGUUUUAGCCAUUUAAGAUGGCUAUAUAUGUUUGUAAAUGAUGUAAUCACGACUUUUUCUUUUCCCUGUGACACUGUGUACUUUCCCUCUCCGCAUGUAAAUGAAGAAACAGUCCGCCUCAUUUUUGGUCUAGGCAAGCUGACAAUAAACAUUUACAGUUUUCUUAGAUUUGUGAGUUUGUGCCUUUUUACCUCCUUUCUGCCAUGAGCAAGAUCUUUGUAGAUGAACAGAAUCGUUACUCUUAUUGACGAUGCUGUCGAUGAAUAGAAUUCUGCUUCACCAGUCUGAAAUUGGAGUGAUACCCUUUCAUACCUUGUUAGUGUGUCAUUCUAUGUUUGAUUGUAGUUACAUUGGUAUAUGGAUGUAUGAUAUGUAUCAUCAUUGACAAGCUGAUUAUAUUGAUGUAAUGUAGGAAUCUCGGCAGAUUUCUGUCCUUAUUGCUGUAACUAAAGCCUUAAUUAUGAAUAUAUGUUUCAACAUCGAACCCGGGUCUAGGAAACUAUUACUUGGAAAGACACCCUGGCACCACAUGAUGGAAGGAUUGUCUAAGCUCAUGUAUAGUGUGCGGAUUUGCACUGUUUUGAACCAUAC